AUGAUGCUUUAAAUAAUAGUAAUUCAUCAAUAUUAUUAAUAUAGUCAUCAUAAUAUCAGAGGGAAUUAACUUUUUCAUAAACUUAUAAACAUUCAAAAUGUGAAGUAUCAUAAAAUGGAAGGAUGGUUUAAAACGGUCAUUAUUGUUUAUGUGAUUAAGUCAUUUCUAAAAAUGGAGUCACGUCAUUUGCAUUCAAAUUCAUUUAACUUCAUUCAUGUUGUUUUAUUGGUAUUGGGAUUAGAGAAAUAAUCUAAAAAAAUAAUUAUUAUGGAAAUGUUACUUCUGGUUAUGGGUAUUCAGUUGUUAUCAUCUAUUAGAUCAUAUACAAUAAAUCAUAAUAAAUAUUGUUAUUCACACCACGGAAAAAGAUAAAGAUGGUAAACCAUUAUCAUUUGA